UCGACGUCGGGAGGUGUGGCUGCGGAACAUGGGUUUAACAACUGCAGUUUCGUCUCGAGCAGUGGAUGUCAGGAUCUGCGAGGCACACUUUGACGGCUCACAGUUUGAAAGCAACCGGGCAGAUGGCAGAAAGAUGCUGAAGCCAACUGCAGUUCCAAACCUCCUUCCUCACUUGAUGUCUGUCAAGAGGGACACCGAGCAUCACACUGGCAGCUCAUCUACUUCACCUAGGGGAACUGCUGCAGGCCAUUCAUCUUGGACAGCUCCCACACUCCUUUCACCACAGGUAAGGCACAUUGAUCUGCAGAAUGUUUUGGUUUCAGGUGCCAGGGAGCACACACAAGACCAUGUCAGUGUCGAUUCUGAGGCUGCAAGCCUGCAUGUGCCAUCAGUUUCAUCAGAGCAACACACAUGUCAGGGUGAAUUGCUACCCCUUUCUGCGGACAUGCUGGGCACUGUGUGGAGUUCUGCAUACCAUCCGUGUCACGAAAUGGGUCUGAUAAGUGUGACCAAGGACCACGCCUAUGCUCGCAUCCUAUCUGGCAAAGGUGACCAGGCAGUCAGAAGUGUGGCAAGGCCAUCAGACACAGCAACACAGGGAGUGUCACAACAAGGACCGUCAUCUAGUUAUGAGGUGCAGGUGCCAACAGACACAGUGGCAACCCCAACUGAGUGGCCUCCCUCUUGUAGCAACCUGGACGAUGGGCCCUCAGAGUUCCCGCUUGGUGCACCAGGAAACUCCGAGGCUGCUUUCCGUUCUAUGGAGGUGCAGGUGCCAACAGAAACAGUGGCAACCCCAACUGAGUGGCCUCCCUCUUGUAGCAACCUGGACGAUGGGCCCUCAGAGUUCCCGCUUGGUGCACCAGGAAACUCCGAGGCUGCUUUCCGUUCUAUGGAGGUGCAGGUGCCAACAGAAACAGUGGCAACCCCAACUGAGUGGCCUCCCUCUUGUAGCAACCUGGACGAUGGGCCCUCAGAGUUCCCACUUGGUGCACCAGGAAACUCCGAGGCUGCUUUCCGUUCUAUGGAGGUGCAGGUGCCAACAGAUACAGUGGCAACCCCAACUGAGUGGCCUCCCUCUUGUAGCAACCUGGACGAUGGGCCCUCAGAGUUCCCGCUUGGUGCACCAGAAAACUCCGAGGCUGCUUUCCGUUCUAUGGAGGUGCAGGUGCCAACAGAUACAGUGGCAACCCCAACUGAGUGGCCUCCCUCUUGUAGCAACCUGGACGAUGGGCCCUCAGAGUUCCCGCUUGGUGCACCAGAAAACUCCGAGGCUGCUUUCCGUUCUAUGGAGGUGCAGGUGCCAACAGAUACAGUGGCAACCCCAACUGAGUGGCCUCCCUCUUGUAGCAACCUGGACGAUGGGCCCUCAGAGUUCCCGCUUGGUGCACCAGAAAACUCCGAGGCUGCUUUCCGUUCUAUGGAGGUGCAGGUGCCAACAGAUACAGUGGCAACCCCAACUGAGUGGCCUCCCUCUUGUAGCAACCUGGACGAUGGGCCCUCAGAGUUCCCGCUUGGUGCACCAGAAAACUCCGAGGCUGCUUUCCGUUCUAUGGAGGUGCAGGUGCCAACAGAUACAGUGGCAACCCCAACUGAGUGGCCUCCCUCUUGUAGCAACGCACUAACAUCCCAGGAAAGUGCACCAUCUCUGUCACAAGAAAGAUUCUCAGUAGGCAGCAAUCCAUUCACUCCUGAAGAAAGGGUGAAGCUUUUGAGACGUGUUGCACAUCUGGAGAAGUUGACGUGACAGUCAAGGAGAAGAUGCCGUACUCUGUCUCUGUCAAAGAAACGUCUUGAAAAGGGACUACAGGGUGUAUUCAGGAAGGACCAACUUGCUGCACUAUCUCGAUCAAGCAAUCGUGGGUGCAAGUGGUCUCAAGCUACGGUGAAGACAGGAUUGCAGCUUCAUUUCUCCUGUGGGACGUCUGGGUAUGAGACUAUUCUCAACCAGAAACUCCCAUUCCCCUCUGCCAGGACACUGAGACGUAGGGUACAAGGGAUCAAAUUUCAACCAGGAAUACUGCAUGAGGUGUUCCAGCUUCUCCAGGCAAAAGUGCCUGGCCUCAACGAACAAGAACGUUGCUGCCUCCUGAUGAUUGACGAAAUGUCCAUCCAACAACGAAUCGAAUAUGACUCUUCAACAAGCUCUGUUCGCGGUUACACCACACUUCCUGUGCCAGGUGCUGACUGCAACGUGCCUGCUUCACAUGGCCUUGUCUUCAUGGUGUGUGGCAUAUCAACCCGAUGGAAGCAAGUUGUUGCAUACCACUAUACAGGAGCUUCCUUCAGCGGCAUCGAUGCUGGAAAUUUCACUGCAUCAGUCAUUGAAAAGUGCUUUGACAUCGGCCUGAAGGUUCUUGCAAUAACAACAGAUAUGGCACCAGGAAACAGGUCAAUGUGGCAAUAUUUUGGUGUCGUCACAGGAAAGCACAGCCGUGUAGCCAAUGUUGCCAAACAUCCUUCAUUUGGCAACCACAUCAUCAGAGUGCUUGCAGAUGUUCCACAUCUUGUGAAGAAUUUGUGCUCGCAUAUCGUUAGUGGACAACAGAUCAUAAUUGAUCCUGUAGACGUUGCGAAACAUGGUUUGGUUGGUAACACAGUGAGUAUAGAACCCAUCAAAAGACUUGUACAGCACCAAGUAGGAAGUACUUUCAAGCUAGCUCCUAACUUGAAGCCAGAGCUGUUAGAUCCGAACCACUUUGACAAAAUGAAGGUCUGCAAUGCGAUGUACAUCUUCAGCAACUCAACAGCAACAGCUCUUCGCACAAUGGUGAAAGAACAUGGCUGGGAGGAAACCGUACUAGUUACGGCAUGGUUUCUUCAGCAAGUGAACCACUGGUUUGACAUUAUUUGCAGCCGCCACCCAGUCAUGGCUCUGAGCAGACACAACCCUGCGAGACACGAAGAAGCUGUGGCUUCCCUGGAAACUUUCAUGGACAUGUUCUGUCGCAUGAAAAUUGGGAAUGGACAAUUCAAACCGUGUCAGGCAGGGGUUCGCCUCUCGACAACUUCAAUCCUGCAGCUGCAGCAGUACCUUCUUGAGGACCUCUCCUUUGAGUUCUUACUGACAUCAAGGUUUACACAGGAUAGCCUUGAAAACUUUUUUUCAACUGUACGUCUCAAGAACCCCACUCCAACGCCAAUGGAAUUCAAAAUGGCCUUGAAAAUCAUAAGCAUUAGUCAAUAUCUGAAAGUCGCAACUACAGGAUCAUACGAAGUAGAUGACGGUACAUACUUUUUGGCAGACUUUGACACCUCUCUUGUCAGCAACAACUUGGAUGUUGACAUAGACGUUGACAAUAUGACAUAUGGAAGGCCAAUUCUAACUGAAGUUGAAGAAAGCGCCUUUUACUACUAUGCAGGCUACAUUCUGUCUAGAGUCAUAAAGAACAAUAAGGUUUGUAGCCAGUGCACAAAUGCUGUAGUUGCAAAACCAAAUGAGAUUUCAAGGGUUCAACAGUUCACUCUGGAAAAAUCUUACGGAGUUGAUUCACUGACAUGCCCAUCAGCAGGUGCCUAUGAACUCCUCCUCCGCUGCGAAUCCGGCUUUAGGAGCAACAUCAAGCAAUAUAUGGACAAGGACUACAUCAUUUCUACUCUUUCUGGUAAGAUGUCUCUAGCUUCCGAGGACAUUGACAUACCACAAUGCCACGGAAUUAAGGACAACAUCAUAAAGCGUUUUUGCCAUGCACGGUUGCAGCUCCAUCUUUCAGAGCUAAGUGAAAGCAUGUGUGUGCAAAGGAUUGAUAGGAGCAGCAUGAGCAUGUGUGCACCUAGACGCCAGUAGUGCUUGCAUGUUUUUUUACAUUCAUUUCUGCUCGUCUCACUAUGUGUAGCGGACGCAUAUCCUGCGCGACCUACUGUGAGUCCUUGUGCAUGUGGUGGACGCAUGUCUUUCUGUGCAAUCUGCUCUGUGCUUCAAUACAGGUGGUGGACGCAUUCUGCUAUGCAUGUGCUACUCUGUGCUUCAAUACAGGUGGUGGACGCAUUCUGCUAUGCAUGUGCUACUCUGUGUUUCAGUACUGCAUGGUGAUGGACGCACCUUGUUCAGCGCAAUCUACCAUGUUCCACACUGUCAGUAGUGAACACAUGUGCCAGUGUGCUCUACAGUGUGUGACGCCAUGGGCAGAGGAGGCAUGCCUUUGUGCCAUCAACCUUAGUCAGCAGUGCCUAACUAUUGCCAUUAGUCGAGCACUUGUGAACUACACAGCCUAGUCAGGUGCUUCCGAACUGUAGUGCUUAGUUUUGGUGCUUCUGAACUACUUCCCCCUUAAACUAUCCCUACCUUGUCGUGGUAAGGGGGCUUGUGUACCUCUGGGAUGCUAUGAGCUAAACUAGCUACAGUUAAUGCUGUAACUAGGGUCACCCAUGCUAGACAGGUCAUAGUGGAGAGGUCAGACAAAAAGGGAUAUACAAGCUGUAACACCCAGUUUGUUGACUAACCGUGUCCAUUGGUCUGAAGUGUCAUGCUUAAGAUAUAUUAAUCACGUUAGGGUGCUAAUACUGUUCCACAAGUAACAAGAUUCAUGCAUUUGUGACUAUAGCAACAGCACGUUUGGAGCAUGAUGUGGCCUUGCUUAAACUUGCAUACUAAUAUUUUGCAUGUUGUUUUUCUGUUCAAAUGCCAUCUUUAUGAUAAUCUACGAUAAGCCAUCCCACAUGUGGGCUACCCUCAUCACAGUUGUUGAAGAAGAGAUAAUCUUGACAUCUCAUUUUCGUUCCCCACAUAAAGACUGGGGCCUACUCAGAGCUGCAUACAUGUGUUACAUGUACAUGCAUGUUGGGAUUUUAUGUUACACAUGUUUUGGCUUAUUUUUCUGCCUCAAGCUUGCAUAUGAAUUGCUCUUUCUGCAGAUUUAUCCAUAUACUGUGCUUAUAUGUUAUAAUGCAAGAGCUUAAAGGAUAAUGCUGGUAUAGUUGGUCAAUGGAACUCGGAAGAACACAACACUGAUUGUGUCGACUAAGGUUUCUCUGAGGUAAGAACUUUCUGCAUUCUACGUCGCGGCAGUUCUCUGUGGUCUCAUGCUGUGUACGCAGCACCAAAGUGAAGCAGAAAAGUAAACGACUGGUGAAAUGUAGAAGUAAACAUAGUACCUGUAUACUUAUAGCAGACAUAGAACACCGACAAAGUAGACUGAGUAACCAUAAUCAUAGCUGCUGAAAAUCAAAAUCUACUGCAUUUUCUGCUGAUGUAGAAAAAUACAAACUGCAACCCUUUUGUAAAGAGCCCUUGAUUUGCACGAUGGGUACACAAUAUAUUGGGAACAGUAUACUGUACUAUUGGUAAUAGGUUAUCUGUUGAAACCCUGUGCACACUGAGCUGUCUGACAAGAGAAAGUUAGACCACAAGUAGGGCUCUGGCCCAGAGUCCCCUGCAGUCAGUGCCUAUACACUUGUCAUGAUACUCCUAUUCAGGAGUCAACCUUCAUGCAGAACUGAUUAUACGAACAGGUAACCCUGUCUAUAAAAUAUUUCGAUUCAUUGAGAUGUUUGUUAUGUACCUCAUAUUUUAUUUCAUGAAAGAUUGGUAUAUAUAUUGGUGGUAUAUGCAUCUGCAUUUGUGUCUAAAUGUGUACUGCAUGCUUGCUUUGCUUUGGACAAUGGAACUGUACACUUUCCUGGAAGACUGUAUGCAGAGAGUAUCAGUAAGUGAAGUAGGUAAAGCAUUGUAGCCAAUUUUUCCAUGAUCACCUGGAUGUCUAGGCAUCAUUUGAGGCUUGCAAGGCAGGUGAGUCAUACAGAGGAUGACACACAUGGAUCAUCAAAGAUGUCACAAAAGUACACAUUGAUAUUGGUGCUAAUGUUGUGUACUGGAGAGUGCUGGAAAAAUUUGUAAGGUAACACACACACUUUGCAUUGCAUUAUCUGCCAUGCAAUAGUCAGCAUUUCAUGAUGGAGUGUGUCGUCAUGGAUGAUUAAAGACGACCGCUAUGACAGAAAUAGCUGCACAUGUGAUUCGUUAUUACCAGUGUGUACAAGUACCUGCACUUCAUCUCAGAAAUAAAGUACACGUUAUCGCACAGGC